UUGGUAGUGGCCCCGCCGGCGGCUGGAGGUUGGAGAGAAAUCCCGGUACUCAGUGGAUGUACUUUCUGCCGCCAUGGGGGAGCUUUUCCGGAGUGAGGAGAUGACGCUGGCCCAGCUUUUCCUACAGUCAGAAGCUGCUUAUUGUUGUGUCAGCGAAUUAGGAGAACUCGGAAAGGUUCAGUUUCGUGAUUUAAAUCCAGAUGUGAAUGUUUUCCAGCGGAAAUUUGUGAAUGAAGUUAGAAGAUGUGAAGAAAUGGAUCGAAAGCUUCGAUUUGUUGAGAAAGAGAUAAGAAAAGCUAAUAUCCCAAUUAUGGACACUGGCGAAAAUCCAGAGGUGCCCUUCCCCCGGGACAUGAUUGACUUAGAGGCUAAUUUUGAGAAGAUUGAAAAUGAACUGAAGGAAAUCAACACCAACCAGGAAGCUCUGAAGAGAAACUUCCUGGAACUGACUGAAUUAAAAUUUAUACUUCGCAAAACUCAGCAGUUUUUCGAUGAGGCUGAAUUGCAUCAUCAGCAGAUGGCGGAUCCAGACCUGUUGGAAGAGUCCUCAUCCCUCUUGGAGCCAAGUGAGAUAGGAAGAGGCACACCUUUAAGACUCGGCUUCGUGGCUGGUGUGAUUAACCGGGAGCGCAUCCCUACUUUUGAGCGCAUGCUUUGGCGGGUGUGCCGGGGGAAUGUGUUCCUGCGACAGGCUGAAAUCGAGAACCCCCUGGAGGAUCCUGUGACUGGCGACUACGUGCACAAGUCUGUGUUCAUCAUUUUCUUCCAAGGUGAUCAGCUGAAAAACAGGGUCAAGAAAAUCUGUGAAGGGUUCCGGGCCUCUCUCUAUCCCUGCCCUGAGACACCCCAGGAGAGGAAGGAAAUGGCUUCUGGAGUUAAUACCAGGAUUGAGGAUCUCCAAAUGGUUUUGAAUCAAACGGAGGAUCACCGCCAGAGGGUUCUGCAGGCAGCUGCUAAGAACAUCCGUGUCUGGUUCAUCAAAGUGCGGAAGAUGAAGGCCAUCUACCACACUCUGAACCUGUGCAACAUAGACGUGACCCAGAAGUGUCUGAUUGCAGAGGUCUGGUGCCCUGUCACUGAACUUGACUCCAUCCAGUUUGCACUCAGAAGGGGCACGGAGCACAGUGGGUCCACCGUGCCCUCCAUUUUGAACAGGAUGCAGACAAACCAGACUCCCCCAACCUAUAACAAAACGAACAAGUUCACAUAUGGCUUUCAGAACAUAGUAGAUGCUUAUGGAAUUGGAACUUACCGAGAGAUAAAUCCAGCUCCAUAUACCAUCAUCACUUUCCCUUUCCUAUUUGCUGUGAUGUUUGGGGACUUUGGCCAUGGCAUUUUGAUGACCCUGUUUGCUGUAUGGAUGGUGUUAAGGGAGAGCCGGAUCCUCUCUCAGAAGAAUGAGAAUGAGAUGUUUAGCACUGUGUUCAGCGGACGGUACAUUAUUCUAUUGAUGGGUGUGUUCUCCAUCUACACUGGCCUCAUCUACAACGAUUGCUUUUCCAAGUCUCUCAAUAUCUUUGGAUCGUCCUGGAGCGUACGGCCAAUGUUCAUAUCUAAUUGGACGGAGGAGACGCUUCGGGGGAACCCUGUGCUCCAGUUGGACCCAGCUGUUCCUGGAGUUUUUGGUGGACCAUACCCUUUUGGCAUCGAUCCAAUUUGGAACAUUGCUACUAAUAAACUGACCUUCCUCAACUCCUUUAAGAUGAAGAUGUCCGUUAUCCUUGGUAUCAUCCACAUGAUGUUUGGAGUAGGUCUGAGCCUUUUCAACCAUAUCUAUUUCAAGAAGCCCCUGAAUAUCUACUUUGGGUUUAUUCCUGAAAUAAUCUUCAUGACCUCUUUGUUUGGCUACUUGGUUAUCCUUAUUUUUUACAAGUGGACGGCUUAUGACGCUCUUACAUCUGAGAAAGCACCUAGCCUUCUGAUCCAUUUCAUAAACAUGUUCGUCUUUAACUACGAGGACAUUCAUAAUUCAAUGCUAUAUUCUGGGCAGAAAGGAGUUCAGUGUUUCCUAGUUGUGGUCGCAUUGCUGUGUGUACCAUGGAUGCUACUGUUUAAACCGCUGGUCCUUCGCCAUCAGUAUUUGAGGAGGAAGCAUUUGGAAGGGCAACCUGUGGAGGCCCCAGUCAGCCCAACCCCGAGCCAACAGGGACUAGAGGCAGCAGCGGCUGCAACAGGAACUGUCAACUUUGGUGGGAUCAGGGUGGGCAACGGACCGACAGAGGAGGAUGCUGAGAUUAUUCAGCAUGACCAGCUCUCCACCCAUUCAGAAGAUGCAGAAGAGCCUACCGAGGAUGAAGCGUUUGACUUUGGAGACACGAUGGUGCACCAGGCCAUCCACACCAUCGAGUACUGCCUGGGCUGCAUCUCCAACACCGCCUCGUACCUGCGGCUCUGGGCCCUCAGCCUCGCCCACGCACAGCUGUCGGAGGUGCUGUGGACCAUGGUGAUCCACAUGGGCCUGAAGGUGAAGAGCUUGGCAGGAAGUCUGGCGCUGUUCUUCAUCUUCAUCGCCUUUGCCACCCUGACCGUGGCCAUCCUCCUGAUCAUGGAGGGCCUCUCGGCCUUCCUCCACGCACUGCGGUUACACUGGGUCGAGUUCCAGAAUAAAUUCUACAGCGGGACCGGUUUCAAGUUCCUACCCUUCUCCUUCGAGCACAUCCUGGAAGGGAAGUUAGACGAGUGAGCCCGCAUGGGGACGUGUGCCCACUGCCCUCCCCCACCCACUCCAUGGUGAUAGCUGUGCUCCUCUCGCGUGUUGGUUGUGAUCCCUGGAUUCGGGGGCAUUUGUGUCAUCCUUGCCACCCUCCCCCAGCUGCUUGUGAGAUCCGGCCCUCCCUUGGGUCUCCUGCCUCCUCAGCUGUGCAUAUUGUAGUGUAGUGAUCUAGAGAAGCUGGACUCUGGCUGUCACUCACACCACUGGGCACCAGCCUGCCCUCCAUCUCCUCCGAGCCAGACCCUCCUCUCUGUCACCUGGUGGUGACUGUGUGCAUUUCCAUAUGAGCCCAAUGCCCAGGAGCACCUUCGCCAUCCACACCCGGAUUCUGAGUUUCUGCUCCUGCCAUUCUAGUUACUGGUUGCAGUGGGGGUGCUCUUGGCACCCUUCCCUGGGGUUAGUAGGAGCAGAUCCAGGAAGAUGGUACUUAUCUCCUCUGCCUCCCACCUCCGGUCUUCAGAGCAUUUGUUAAUCAGGAAUCCAGCUGGGCCACACUAUGCAUGGCUUCUUGUCACCCCCAAGGGUCCCAAGGUACCCAACACCACCUCCCUAACCUCCACUCUAUACUCAGACCUCUCCUCCUCCCUCCCAGAAUCCCCUUCUUCCGCUCCCUCAUUUGCAUCCUGCAUGAUAGCACAGCUGGGAGAGACCCAAAACAGAGGGCCUGGCUAGCUGCUUCUCAGCCCAUUCGAGGGCCCUGGCACUGACACGUCCUCUGGGCAGAGGGUUUAAAUUGAUGCUCUUCCUGGUGCAGACCAGGACCUUUCCCCUACCCCCAAAUCAUGACUCUUGAGUGAAGGACGGUGAUCGUCAAGGCUGGUUCUCUGGCAGGCCAGCCUUGCUCUGCCACUAGUGCCCCUUCCCACUUCCACAGUGAGCCCAAGUGGGGGGAGUGAGGUCCUGGGCAGGGAGGGUCACUGUCAUUUACCGUUUGCUGAUUGGAGGCGACUGGCAGGGCUGCCAGGCAUGUGGUUGUGAGAGCUGCACAGCCCUGCCUGUGAGCUGAUGACGAGCACCCCCGAGGGGCCGGCUCCGCUGUCACCCCCACACCAGCUGUGAUCUUCGGGCCUUUUAAGCAUGUGUUGACGCAGCAGCCCUGGCUGCUUCAGCUAAAUUGAUCCAGUCACUUUCAGUGGCCGAGAUAAUCCCCUGAAUUGGCCAGGCCCUUGCCCUCUUCCACCCUGACUUUCCUGAGGGAGCUGCUCAAUUCAACCCUCCCAGGCGCGGCUGGCCUGGGUCGGGGCCACCUGCCCCAGCUGCCCCAGCCGCACCACGUGCUGGCCAGUGUGACCUGACCCAGACCUUGUGCAGAGCCCCUCCCCUGUGGUCCCCAUGGUUUACAUGAUGUGAUGAUCUUUGUUCUGUUGACAGCAGGGCUUGAAGUAGAGUUCUCUGUGUAAGGAACCCUGCCCAAGGCCCUUCUGUUCAGACAUUCCUGUGCUGAAUAAAGUGUGUUUGAGUCUA